AGCCUUGGCCUCAGCGGCGCCCGCACCAGCGCGCGGGAGAAGACAGGGACGCCCGCCGGGCGCUCCGGAGCGGGCGAUGGGGCCCGUGUGAGCGCGCCCAGGCCCAGCCCGGUGCCCGGCGAGCGGCAGCAUGUCCGCGGGCGGCAGCGCCAGGAAGAGCACCGGGAGGCCCUCCUACUACUACCGGCUGCUGCGGCGGCCCCGGCUGCAGCGACAGAGGAGCCGCUCCCGCAGCCGGACCCGGCCCACCAGGGAGUCGCCCCAGGAAAGGCCAGGCUCCCGGCGCAGGUCUGCCCGGAGCCUGUCAGAGAAGAGCCCCAGCAUGGAGCCCUCGGCCGCUACACCGUUCCGGGUCACGGGCUUCCUCAGCCGCCGCCUCAAGGGCUCCAUCAAGCGCACCAAGAGCCAGCCCAAGCUGGACCGCAACCACAGCUUCCGCCACAUCCUGCCGGGGUUCCGGAGCGCCGCCGCCGCCACCGCCGCCGCCGCCGCGGACAAUGAGAGGUCCCAUCUGAUGCCCAGGCUGAAGGAGUCUCGCUCCCACGAGUCCCUGCUCAGCCCCAGCAACGCGGUGGAAGCGCUGGACCUCAGCAUGGAGGAGGAGGUGGUCAUCAAGCCGGUGCACAGCAGCAUCCUAGGCCAGGACUACUGCUUCGAGGUGACGACAUCGUCGGGAAGCAAGUGCUUCUCCUGCCGAUCGGCAGCCGAGCGGGAUAAGUGGAUGGAGAACCUCCGGCGAGCGGUACACCCCAACAAGGACAACAGCCGGCGUGUGGAGCACAUCCUGAAGCUGUGGGUGAUUGAGGCCAAGGACCUGCCGGCCAAGAAGAAGUACCUGUGCGAGUUGUGCCUGGACGACGUGCUCUACGCCCGCACCACGGGCAAGCUCAAGACCGACAAUGUCUUCUGGGGGGAGCACUUUGAGUUCCACAACCUGCCGCCCCUGCGCACUGUCACCGUCCACCUGUACCGGGAGACGGACAAGAAGAAGAAGAAGGAGCGCAACAGUUACCUGGGCCUGGUGAGCCUGCCGGCUGCCUCCGUGGCCGGGCGACAGUUUGUGGAGAAGUGGUACCCGGUGGUGACGCCCAACCCCAAGGGUGGCAAGGGCCCCGGGCCCAUGAUCCGCAUCAAGGCGCGCUACCAGACCAUCACCAUCCUGCCCAUGGAGAUGUACAAGGAGUUUGCCGAGCACAUCACCAACCACUACCUGGGGCUCUGUGCGGCCCUCGAGCCAAUCCUCAGUGCCAAGACUAAGGAGGAGAUGGCAUCGGCCCUGGUGCACAUUCUGCAGAGCACGGGCAAGGUCAAGGACUUCCUGACCGACCUGAUGAUGUCAGAGGUAGACCGCUGCGGGGACAAUGAACACCUUAUUUUCCGGGAGAACACCCUGGCCACUAAGGCCAUCGAGGAGUACCUCAAGCUGGUGGGCCAGAAGUACCUGCAGGACGCGCUAGGUGAGUUCAUCAAAGCACUGUAUGAGUCGGACGAGAACUGCGAAGUAGACCCGAGCAAGUGCUCGGCCGCCGACCUCCCUGAGCACCAGGGCAACCUCAAGAUGUGCUGCGAGCUGGCCUUCUGCAAGAUCAUCAACUCCUACUGUGUCUUCCCACGGGAGCUGAAAGAGGUGUUUGCCUCGUGGCGGCAGGAGUGUAGCAGCCGCGGCCGGCCUGACAUCAGCGAGCGGCUCAUCAGUGCCUCCCUGUUCCUGCGCUUCCUCUGCCCGGCCAUCAUGUCGCCCUCACUCUUCAACCUGCUGCAGGAGUACCCUGACGACCGCACCGCCCGCACCCUCACCCUCAUCGCCAAGGUCACCCAGAACCUGGCCAACUUCGCCAAGUUUGGCAGCAAGGAGGAGUACAUGUCAUUCAUGAACCAGUUCCUGGAGCACGAGUGGACCAACAUGCAGCGCUUCCUGUUGGAGAUCUCCAACCCUGAGACCGUCUCCAACACGGCCGGCUUCGAGGGCUACAUUGACCUGGGCCGGGAGCUCUCUAGUCUGCACUCGCUGCUCUGGGAGGCCGUCAGCCAGCUGGAGCAGAGCAUCAUAUCCAAACUGGGGCCCCUGCCUCGAAUCCUGAGGGAUGUCCACACAGCACUGAGCACCCCAGGCAGUGGGCAGCUCCCAGGGACCAACGACUUGGCUUCCACUCCUGGCUCUGGCAGUAGCAGCAUCUCGGCUGGACUGCAGAAAAUGGUGAUAGAGAACGACCUCUCUGGUCUCAUAGAUUUCACCCGGUUACCGUCUCCAACCCCCGAAAACAAGGACUUGUUUUUUGUCACAAGGUCCUCCGGGGUCCAGCCCUCACCUGCCCGCAGCUCGAGUUACUCGGAAGCCAACGAGCCUGAUCUUCAGAUGGCCAAUGGUGGCAAGAGCCUGUCUAUGGUGGACCUCCAAGAUGCCCGCACGCUGGACGGGGAGGCGGGCUCCCCGGCGGGCCCCGACGCCCUCACCGCCGAUGGGCAGGCACCGGCAUCACAGCUGGUGGCCGGGUGGCCGGCUCGGGCAGCCCCAGCGAGCCUGGCGGGGCUGGCCACGGUGAGGCGGGCCGGCCAGACGCCGACCACGCCGGGUAGCUCCGAGGGCGCCCCAGGCCGGCCCCAGCUACUGGCGCCACUCUCCUUCCAGAACCCCGUGUACCAGAUGGCGGCUGGCCUGCCGCUUUCGCCUCGUGGCCUGGGCGACUCGGGCUCGGAGGGCCACAGCUCCUUGAGCUCCCACAGCAACAGCGAGGAGUUGGCAGCUGCCGCCAAGCUGGGAGGUUUCAGCGGUGCCGCCGAGGACCUGGCGCGGCGGCCCGGGGAGCUGGCGCGGCGGCAGAUGUCACUGACUGAGAAGGGCGGGCCGCCCACCGUGCCACGGCAGAACAGUGCCGGCCCCCAGCGGAGGAUCGACCAGCCGCCGCCGCCGCCCCCGCCGCCACCUCCCGCGCCCCGCGGCCGGACACCACCCACCCUGCUGAGCACCCUGCAGUACCCGCGGCCCUCGAGUGGGACCCUGGCGUCAGCCUCGCCUGACUGGGCUGGCCCCGGAGCCCGGCUUCGGCAGCCCUCAUCCUCGUCCAAGGGUGACAGCCCGGAGCUGAAGCCUCGUGCAGUGCACAAGCAGGGCCCUUCACCCGUGAGCCCCAAUGCCCUGGACCGCACAGCCGCUUGGCUCUUGACCAUGAACGCGCAGUUGUUAGAAGACGAGGGCCUGGGCCCAGAUCCCCCCCACAGGGAUAGGCUAAGGAGUAAGGAGGAGCUCAGCCAAGCAGAAAAGGACCUGGCAGUGCUGCAGGACAAGCUGCGAAUCUCUACCAAGAAGCUGGAAGAGUAUGAGACCCUGUUCAAGUGCCAGGAGGAGACGACGCAGAAGCUGGUGCUGGAGUACCAGGCACGGCUGGAGGAGGGUGAGGAGCGGCUCCGGCGGCAGCAGGAAGACAAGGACAUCCAGAUGAAGGGCAUCAUCAGCAGGCUGAUGUCAGUGGAGGAGGAGCUGAAGAAGGACCAUGCUGAGAUGCAGGCAGCGGUAGACUCCAAACAGAAGAUCAUCGACGCCCAGGAGAAGCGCAUCGCCUCGCUGGACGCCGCCAACGCCCGCCUCAUGAGCGCCCUGACGCAGCUGAAAGAGAGUAUGCAUUAGAAACAAAAGCCCGCUUGCUCGCUUGCUGGAACACAGGGGCCUUUUAAAUUGAGCGUGCGCACUGCAUGGGAAAUAGCAGCCCUGGAGGAUGUUAGCCUUGCUCCCUCUCCAAGACAGCAGCGGCCUGCACCAGGCCCCGUGUGUGCGGCCAGCCGCCUCCUCACCCUUCCCGGGCCCCCAGCCGAGGACCCAGGCGCUGCAGACAGGACAGGGGCACGGCUGGGGCUGGCUUUCCCCAGCUCUAGGCUGUUCUGUGGCUUCUCAGCCCUCCCUGCUCCCCCCCUCUUGUGGGACAUAGGUGGGCAGGAGCUUGGGUCUGUCUCGGUCCCUCCCUGUCCCUGCCCCUAGCCCUGGGUAAUCUUGGGCCAGAGCUGGUCGUUUGCCCAGCCACAGGGCCGCGGAGCCACCCCCUCCGCCUCAGCCUCGGGAAGCCGGGGAGACCCUCGGAAAGAGCCUGAGCCCUUCCCGGCCCUGGGACUGGAGGCCUGCCGCUGCCAGGGGCCAAGGUCCCCGCAGAGCCCGCCGGGUCGGGGAGUGCGGGAAGGGUGGCCCAGAUCGUGCAGCACCCUGUCCUGGCCCGUGCCCCAGGAGGGGCCUCUCAGAUGCAGCCUGCAGUUCGGUGUGGCCAGAGAUCGGCCGGUGAGGAGAGGGCAGGCCCCCCAAGGGUCACAGACCUCAGGAAGGAAGGCCGUGGGGGCUAUGGCGCUGCCCCCACUCUUGCCCACACAGGCAGGGCCCAGCCCCAGUGACAUCCUCUGGUUCGGUCUCCUCCCCUCUUCCCCCCACCCCUCUCCCACCAAUGCCUCGAUGCCUCGUAGAGCAACCUCGGACUGAGCGCCUCUUAGCAAUACCGGGGAGGUUCCCGGGGCCCCGGGUGGAGGAGGCCAGCGCUGGUCUGGUGCUGGCGGCCCUUGGCGUGGGUUGUGAGCUCUCAGGCCGAGAGCCUUAUUUACUUAGUGCAAAAACUGUAAAAGUGUACAGACUCUUCACAGAUUUUUAUCUGAAUUGCAAGUCUGACAAUUUUUGUAAAUGUUCUUGGUGUUCGACUGUAAUGUAACUAUUUCACCUAAUGGUUGUACAUAGUCUUUAGUCCUGGUGCUGCAGAGGGCUGCCCGGGACCGCUGCUCUCCGAUGGUGUGUAUUUUAUUUUUUAAUCUAGAGAACAGUAUUGGGCAGGAGGAAGAGGUUUGCGAUUUGGGUGUUGGGGUUUUCCCUACCCACGGCAUGUACUUGCUGGCUUCGCAGCACGCGGUCUGGGUGGGUUGCUGGGGACAUGCACCCUGACGGGACCAGCAAAGUGGCUUCUGUCCCAGCCACGCAGAACCCUCGUCCCAGUGUUGGGCCGGUUUGCCUGAGGGCCAGAGGGAAGGGGAGGGAGGGAAGGCAGGCCCUGCUCUGGGAAGGUAAGGCCCCAGGCCCAAUGGGGCCCCAAGCCCAGAGUCUGCUGGAGACAGCUAGCUCUCCUCCCCUGCCAACACAGAGAGGCCUGACUUUUUUGCUUAACUCUUACGUUUAGGGUGAAGGAAACUGCCAAACUUCCUAUAAGUGAAGACUUUUUUCCGACUGCCCAGAAAGGGGGGUGGGGAACCGAGACCAGAGCUCCGCCCCCCCCCCCAGAGCAUCUGCCCCGGGGUACGCCUCUCUCCCUGCCCCCCCGCCCAUCCGCGGAAGGCAGGCUGUCCAGGGAAACAGACCCUCUUUUCUACACCUUUGGCCCCAAAGCCAUCCCCAGCCCCACAACCACCUCCUUGCUCCCCCUUUUGUAAGUAUGUGAAAAAGAAAAAAUGCAAACGUCGGAGUCUUGGCUGGAGGUCCUCCUUCCAGCUAUGACUUUUAACCAUGUAAUAAUGUACAGAGAAAGUUGUUGGUGUUCUACAACUGUGUGGCUGUGCAAUUUCUGUACAUUUGCAAUUAGAAAUAUUAAAGAUUUAUUUAGCUAUUUUA